GCAAGAGACAGACAACGUGUCAUCAUCAAAACAUGUCGGUAUAAAAUUUUUUAGUUCCAACAAUCAACAGUGUAAAGAAGCCACUAAAAUAAUAAAAAAAAAUUAACUUGAUUUAUAUUUUUUUAUAAAAUUGCAUGUGUGUAAAUAAAAUAUUUAUGUAAAUUAUUUACAUGUGUAUUCUCGUGUCUUAAUUUAUGCCGAAAAUAUAUUUUUUUUUGUUUCAUUUAUGAGUAAAAAACACUGUAUGAUAGUUGUCUAUGCAAAUAAUUUAUUAUUGUUGAAAAUAACAUGUCGACAAAUAAUUUGGAAAGCACCGAUUUAAUCGAUGGUGUUUGGCCAUUUAUAUUAACAAUUGACUGGAGGGAUCCAUGGCUUGCACUUUUGUUAGCUUUUCAUGUUGCAAUCACAAUGACUGCAUUUAUGACAAGAAAUCAUGCAAACUUCCAGAUAUUAUUAUUCCUUGUUUUAUUACUGUUAGUUUAUUUUUCUGAAAAUAUAAAUGAAAUUGCUGCUAGUAAUUGGUCAGCAUUUUCAAAACAACAAUAUUUUGAUUCAAAGGGAUUAUUUAUUUCGAUUGUAUUUUCUGUACCAAUAUUAAUGAACUGUAUGAUAAUGGUGGCAAGUUGGUUGUAUCAAUCAAGUCAAUUAAUGACAAAUUUAAAAAGAGCACAAUUACGACAACAAGCUAAAAAUCGUGUGGUUGAAGGUGAAAUUGAUAAUAAUUCUCAAAUAAAUACUACAAAUACUACAUCAAGAAAAGUAGCAACAAAAACAGACUAAAUAAAAUUAUGAAUAAUCUAGUCAAAUAAAUGAAACGAAAUCGAAAUUUUUUAUUACAAAUAAAACUGUUAAAUAUUGAAAAAAAAGGUAGUUGAUUAUGAUGAUAGUAUACUAUCAAAAAAAAAUAUGCACGAAUGAAAAUAUGAAUGGAUAAUUGAAUAAAUGAGAAAAAAAAAAAAUUAUAAUAUUGAUUAAAUGAUCACCAGGAUAUUAGAAUCAAUGAAAAUAAUAUUAAUUUUUUUAAAAUUUAAUUGAAAAAAAAUAUAGAUCUAUUUACAAUGAUUAAAAUCGUUUUAUUUAUUAAAAAAAAAAUGAAUAAAUAAAAGGAGGAAUAAAAUAAUUAUGUGACUUACUAUUUAUACAAAAAAAGUAGUAAUUUUUGUUUUUUUUUGUUUUUUGUUUUGUAAGUUUUUCAUAAAUUUAAACGAAGAAAAAAAAAAAUUAUAAAUGAAAAGUAACGUAAUAUUGAUUCUAAUCUGGAAAAUAAUUAUCUCAUUUAUUUUUUAAUACUAAAUUUGUUUUUCUUGCCUGUUAUUGUACACAUUCCUGUGGUUCAUCAACCUGGGUUUGUUAUUAUUUUCUAAUAUAUGUAUUUUUUUUAUUCGCGUGUAAUCAAAAUAUUAUUUCUAUAAGUUUUUUAUGAUUAAUUAUAUUAUCUUUUAGUUUAUAUUAUUAUUAAAAAGUACUUAUAUUACAUCUUUUUAUUUAAUAAUUAUUAUAUUUUUCAUUUGGAAGAUUAUCAACAACGAAUUAUUAAAUCGUCUUCCCAAAUAAAUUUCUUGUAAUUACAUGUACUAAAAAAUUUAUGUAAAUAUACAAUAAUAUAAAUA